AUGGCGACCAACGGCAACACGAUGCAAGAGUCUGAGAAGAUCAACACCAACAUCGUCACCCUCACCCGCUUCCUCACUGAGGAGCAGGCUAAGCACCAUGAAGCCACCGGUGACUUCACACUCCUCUGCCACGCCCUCCAAUUCUCCUUCAAGUCCAUUGCCUACUACAUCCGCCGAGCUACCCUCAUCAACCUGACCGGUCUCGCCGGUUCCUCCAACAGCACCGGAGACGACCAGAAGAAGCUCGACGUCAUUUCCAAUGACCUCUUCAUUGAGGCCAUGCGCUCCUCGGGCAAAUGCGCCCUGCUAGUGUCCGAGGAGGAGGAUGAGAUUAUUUACUUCCGCGACAGCGCCGACGCCCACUACGCCGUCGCCUGCGACCCAAUUGAUGGUUCGUCCAACCUCGACGCCGGUGUCUCAGUCGGCACCAUUUUCGCUGUCCACAAGCUCCCUCCCGGCUCCAGGGGCACAAAGGAGGAUAUCCUGAAGCCCGGUACUGAGCUGCUUGCCGCCGGUUUCACCAUGUACGGUGCGUCUUCGCAGCUCGUCAUGACCAUGAAGGGCGGCACCGUCAAUGGUUUCACCCUCGACACUGGCGUCGGCGAAUUCAUCCUGUCCCACCCCAACAUGCGCAUCCCCAAGGCUCGUGCCAUCUACUCCGUCAACGAGGGUAACUCCUUGUACUGGGAGGAGAAGACCAUUAACUACUUCAACGGUCUCAAGCUGGCCCAAGAGAACGGCAAGCCAUACAGCUCCCGAUACAUCGGUAGCAUGGUUGCCGAUGCGUACCGAACCCUGUUGUACGGAGGUAUCUUUGCCUACCCUGCCGACAAGAAGAGCCCCAAGGGCAAGCUCCGAAUCCUUUACGAGUGCGCUCCUAUGGCUCUGGUCUUUGAGAAUGCUGGUGGUCAGGCUGUCGAUAGUAAGAUGAACCGAAUGCUCGAGGUGGUACCCGAGACCAUCCACGAUAAGGCUGGUAUCUUCAUGGGUAGCUUCGAUGAGGUCGAGAGGGUCAAGAAGUUCCACAAGUGA